AUGGCUAAACGAGUGACCCCUGACAUGCUUGUGCUCUUGCUGCCCAUACUGCUGCUGAUGCUGUUGAUGCCAUUUAGCUGGAGCUCUGAAGGGCUGAGCCCAGGCUGCCACCUUUAUCCAUUUAAUGUGACCAUCCGGAGUGACCGGCGGGGAACCUGUCGAGGGGCCCAUGUAGUCUAUGCCUGUGUAGGCUACUGCGAGUCCAGCGCUUUCCCCUCACGCUACUCUGUCCUGUUGGCCUCCAACUUCACACACAACAUCACCUCCGCCUCCCGCUGCUGCACCAUCAGCAAGGCGGCCAAGGUCAAAGUUCGUGUGGAAUGCCCUCGGGGCCGUCACCAUGACGACAUUGAGAUCUUGACAGCGCAGGCCUGCCGCUGUGACAUGUGUCGCAAGUCCCGUUACUGA